GCAGCCAAUCGAUGGAUUGACUGGUGCAAGUGUUACUCGUUUCCUCCUUUACAGUCUAACCCAACCGCAGCUGCUCUCUACUUAACAAGUCUUUCAGACCGAGGCUUAUCUCGCUCGUCAAUCCUUGGAGCAGCUUAUGGCAUUGCAUGGCUACAUAAGAAACUUGGAUGUCCUAAUCCUGUCGACGAUCCGCUCGUUUCUCAGACCUUGGCUGGUCCAUCUAGGAAAAAGCAGCCUAUUGAAUCUCAUCACGUCAGGGCGCUGAUUCGUUCCUAUGGUCACCCUCGUGCUUCUCUACCGAACCUACAAAUGGUGUCGCUGGUUGCGCUUGGUUUUUGUGCUUUCCUACGUUGGUCAGAGCUGCAUGACUUACGUACCUGUGACUUAAGGUUUUGCGCCACCCACAUGUCUAUUUUCCUAGACAGGCGUAAGAACGAUCAAUUCCGUCAGGGAUCUGUGGUUAAAGUUGCUCGUUUACCUUCCAGCUCUUGUCCAGUGAAACUGUUAGAGUUAUUCCUUGAGCGCGGAGAGCAUCAACCAUCUCAGUCAUUAUUUUGUCUCUGCCAGAAAUUGGGUGCCGGGUACAAGCUGCGACAAGCUGCUCUGUCAUAUUCUCGGCACGGGAACAGUUUCGUCAAAUGAUUUCGAACUUGGUUUAGACUCGAACAAUUUUGGUUUACAUAGCCUUCGUUCAGGUGGUGCUUCCCAAGCAGCACGCAGCGGAGUUUCUGGGAGAGUAUGGCGUGAACAUGGUGGUUGGCGCAGUAUCCAAGCCGCAGAUGGUUAUGUCGAUGAAUCUUUGGAAAAUACCCUUGUGGUAUCUAGAAAUUUGGCUCUUUAA